GCCAGCGAGCGAACGAUGAGCAUCUCCAGCUGAACUCCAAUAUAUACAUAUAUACACAAAUACAUACAUAUAGUUUAUAUAUUAUUAAUAUUACAUAUAUAAGCCGACGACGGGACCUACCAGAUUUCUGCUUUCCUCAACGCCAAAUCAAAUUUCGACUCUGUUUCUUUCUUUUUGCCCUUUUCUUCCCUUCCACCCGAUUUCUUCCUCCUUUCAAGAACGAUCGCAUUCACGCCCACGACACUGCCCAUCUGUCGGCUAUGCUCAAGAACCAGUGAGUGAGGUAGGCACAGUGUGAUGUGAGCUCUCCUUCUUCAGUCGCUCUCUACCCUUCAUCAAUGGCGUUCUGGGUUGCUCUGUUCUUGUUCAAAAACUCCACGAUGAUUGACGAUUUGAUGGCGUCUUUGACUUUCCCGAGUGUGUAUUAAAUUUUACGGAUUGAGAGAUGGCUACUGUGAGGUACUCCCGGAUCGACGGGAGAAGACCGGUGAACUACUGUUCAACUGUGGCGGUAGUGACAGUCGUUGCUUUCAGUUUGUUUGCGGUCUGGAUGUUUAUGUCAUCGUCCAUCGUCCCAGCAAAGAUCACUGGCACAUUGUAUCAAGAGAAUAAUGAUAGCAACACUAAUAAUGUGGGAGAGAGAGGGGUUGUGAAUAGUCCUGGGCAGCAAUUUGAGGAUAGCUCAGGCGAUCUACCGGAAAGUGAUGAGAAAACGGUUGAGAAACAAUUAGAAGGAACAGGUAAGGAGAGAAAUGAAGGUCUGGUGAAGGGUUCUGAUGAUAAGACUGACUCGGAGAAACCUGUUGACGAAGCUGGAGUGAACUCGGAGUCGAAGAAUGCAGAGGUAAAUAAAGAGGGAGAUAAUCCUGGUAAGGGGACUGGUGAUGAGAAAAUGGAUAAUGAAAAUAAUGAAGAUGCUGAAAACAAUAGCGAAUUUGGGAAUGGGGAGACACAACAAACUGAAGACGAGAAAUCAGAAAUGAAACAGGAAGAUAGAGCAGUGACCGAUAAUGAUGAGCAAGCCGAGGGAAAUCAGGAUGAAGACUCCAAGAAAACUAGUUCCGGAAGUAAGGCAGAGCCUGAGAAAAAGGUUCAGGGUCCAGAUGAUGUCCUUCCCACGGCGGAAAAAUCAGAGAUUUUAAAGGAGACUACCACUCAGGAUGGGGCGUGGUCAACUCAGGCUACGGAGUCCCAGAAUGAGAAGAAAUCUCAGGAGCACUCUGUUUCGAAGGAGGUGACUGAUUAUCACUGGAAAGUUUGCAACACAACUGCAGGGCCUGAUUACAUCCCUUGCCUUGACAACUGGCAAGUGGUUAGAAGGCUUCCAGAAACAAAGCAUUUUCAGCACCGGGAGAGGCACUGCCCCAGUGAAGCUCCCACCUGUCUUGUUCCUCUCCCCACGGGAUACAAAAAGCCAGUCCCUUGGCCUAAAAGCAGGGAAAAGAUAUGGUUCUACAAUGUUCCACACAAAAAGCUAGCUGAGGUCAAGGGGCACCAAAAUUGGGUGAAAGUCAGCGGUGAAUAUUUAACUUUUCCUGGAGGUGGAACUCAGUUUAUUCACGGAGCUACUGGUUAUAUCAACCUUAUUGAGCGUGGGCUGCCUGCUAUUGCAUGGGGCAAACAGAGCAGGGUGAUACUUGAUGUGGGAUGUGGUGUCGCGAGCUUCGGAGGCUAUUUAUAUGAUAAAGAUGUUCUUGCUAUGUCUUUUGCCCCCAAAGACGAGCAUGAAGCUCAAGUUCAGUUUGCUCUCGAACGCGGGAUCCCUGCUAUAUUGGAGGUGAUGGGAACCCAGAGGCUACCUUUCCCUGCUGGUGUGUUCGAUAUCGUUCACUGUGCAAGGUGUAGGGUCCCUUGGCAUGUUGAAGGUGGCAAACUUCUCUUGGAGCUCAAUCGCGUACUGAGACCCGGUGGUUACUUUGUCUGGUCCGCCACUCCAGUGUACAGGAGGAAUCCUGAAGAUUCUGGAAUCUGGAAAGAAAUGUCCAAAUUGACGAAAGCCAUGUGUUGGGACCUUGUUACAAUUGUAAAAGACAAAACUAACGGAGUUGCAACAGCAAUAUACCAAAAACCAACUUCAAAUGACUGCUAUCAGAAUAGACCUGAAAAGGAACCUCCGCUCUGCAAAGAAUCUGAUGAUCGGAAUGCUGCAUGGAAGGUGCCCAUGGAAGCAUGCAUGCACAGAGUUCCGGUGGAUGCAUCAGAGCGUGGAUCCCACUGGCCGGAGCAAUGGCCGGCCCGACUGGAGAAACCGCCGUAUUGGCUCAACAAUAAAGCUGGAGUAUAUGGCAAGGCCGCUCCAGAAGAUUUUACCGCAGAUUACGAGCAUUGGAAGAAUGUUGUCUCCCAGUCAUAUUUGCACGGUAUUGGAAUCAGCUGGUCCUCUGUCAGGAAUGUCAUGGACAUGAGAGCUGUCUACGGAGGGUUCGCUGCUGCCCUGAAAGAUUUGAAAUUGUGGGUAAUGAAUGUAGUUCCAAUCGACUCUCCCGACACUCUGCCUAUAAUCUACGAGCGAGGUUUGUUUGGGAUGUACCACGACUGGUGCGAAUCUUUCAACACAUACCCGAGAACCUACGACCUUCUUCAUGCAGAUCAUCUUUUCUCCAACCUGAAGAAGAGAUGCAAGCUAGCAUCAGUGAUGGCAGAAGUCGACCGGAUCCUGAGGCCAGAAGGGGAGUUCAUAGUGCGGGACAAUGUGGAAACCAUAGCCGAGAUCGAGAGCAUGGUCAAAUCCCUGCAGUGGGAGAUCAGAUUAACAUAUUCCCAAGGCAAAGAGGGAUUGCUGUGUCUCCAGAAGACCAUGUGGCGUCCUGAGGCUGUGGAAACAAUUACUUCAGCAAUUAUAUGAGAGCGGUUGGCAUAUCGUGACGUCUCAGUCUCGGGCUGGGAUUCGUCUGGGAUGAUUUCACAAUGUAUUCUUUGAUUCCUUAAGGAAUUCUACUUUUCUCCUGCUCAUCUGGAAUUAUAAAUAGAAACCUUUUAAAGAUGCAAUUAACGUGCAGUGUAGUUCAUCAGACGUGAGGAAGCUAAAGAUUUAUGCCAGAGUGCCACACUUUUCUAUGGCAUCUUCCUGCUUGAGAGUUC